CUCUGGAGCUCGCACAGUUUCGGUGAGACUGCCAGGGCUCUGGUUUCGCUCAGCGACGGGCGGAGCUUCGUCGUGGAGGAAGUCGAGGAGAGGGAUGGGCGAGAGGCUGAACAGAAGAAGGGAGAGACUGAGGACGAGAAGAAGCAGGUGGGAGACCCGGAGCGGACCAGGGCUGAGCCCGAUCGCCAGUCACACGUCAGUGCCAGGGGCGCACCGAGCGUCCCCCGAGGGGGACGAGGGCCAGGGAGAGAGGGGAGCGAGACGGGACGCCGGCACCUAGGGCUCUGCCUUGUCGUCCGCUGGACUUCCCAGGCGUGGCCAGACUUCCUCCCUGCAGCCGCCCAGCAGCCGACAUGAGGACGCCCGUGGCCAUGACCCUGGGCUUGGUGCUGGCCCCCUGCGGCUCGCUCCUGAACCUGAUCUGCACCCUGACGCCGGGCUGGCGCCAGAAGACGGGUUUCCUCGAUGAGCCGGCGAACGCGCUGGUGAGCCAGGGCCUGUGGGACACGUGUAGACAGCAGAGCAGUGUAGACGGCCAGUGCGGGAUCCCCGACGAGCUGGGCUACUACACGUCGGCGCCGGUGCGGGCGGCGCGCGCCCUGACCGUCACGGCGCUGGCCGCGUCGGCCGCGGGGCUGCUGCUGGCCUCGCUGGGGGUGCGCUGCUGGCGCCGGACGCCCCGCGCCCGGCUGGCGGGAGCCUCGGGCCUCGCGCUCUUCGCCGCCGGCCUCCUGGGCCUCGUGCCGGUGGCGUGGUACAGCCACGUCGUGCAGGACCGCGCCGCGCUGCCCGCGGAGGCCAGCCCCGUCCAGCUGCGCGUUGGCUACAGCGUCGUGCUCGGCUUCCUGGGCAGCUGCCUGCUGCUGGCGGGGGGCUUCUCCCUGGCCCUCAGCUUCGCCCAGGUCUGCGAGGAGCGCGCCCGUCGCUCGAAGGCGUACCCCGGCCCGCGCCGCAGCAGUCUUAACACGGUGCAGGUCCGCUGGCCCGAAGCCCCCAGCCUGCCAUCGAUCCUGUCCCAGCGCAGCCAGGGCCGGCUUCAGCCCCAGGGUGGUCCUAAGCCCCGAGUAGGCUUCAGGAUGCCUCGGCCGGCAGCCUACGCGAACCCCGAGGACGUACUGAAGGGGGAGGAAAGCAGCAGCCCGCCCCCUGGCUCCAGUUCCACACUGCCCUGUGACUCCGACUUGUAGCUCCUGCCCUUUGCCUGGAUUCCCGGCCCUGGCCCCGAUCAAAUGAAUGCAGGGGGACCCCUGGAGAGAUACCGGGGCUGCCCGGAACCCAUCGUUUCUGCCAGGUUCCCAUUCUGACUCCUGCUGCUUUUGAAAGGGGUACCUUUUGGGGGGGUGCCGAUGGUUUUCGUGGAAUGUAGUGGAGGCUAAGAGGGACCUUACAAGUAGAUCAGGUCACUUCCUAGAAGCAACUAAGUGGAACAGCGGAUAGAGUGCUGGGCCUGAAGUCAGGAAAAUCUGAGCUGCAAUCGGUCCUCUGACACUUUCGAGCUGUGGAACCCUGGUCAAGUCACUUAAUGGUCCUCAUCUGUCAAGUGGGGAUGAUAAUAGCACCUACCUCCCAGGGUUGUGGUGAUGAUCCAGUAAGACAGUAUUCUUAAGGCACUUUCCAAAGCUCAAAGCUCUCUAUCGAUGCUGGCUGUGUGGUUAAUAUCAUUUCCUCCUCUUAACAGGAGUCCAGAGAGCUGAACAGCUCCUCAGGGACAGAUGGGAGACCAGAACCCGGGGCUCUCAGUGAUAUGCUUACUGGAACACUGAGUCUUUGUUGCUCAAGGAUUAUUCGAAACCUUUAAAAGCAACAAAAACGGCCCAGGGAUGAUUGGACACCUUUAGGUCACACUUGGAGGCCUAACGGUGGUCAUUUGAUCCAUCAUGUCAUUUGGAAUCCACCUGUCCUGUUCCACAGCUCAAAGCUGAUACUGUUUAGAAUCAAAUAAUGACUGUAGCGUUUAUGCCUUGGGGCCCAGAUGAAGAAAAGGAGGCCCAGAGAGCAGCAAUGAUUCUCAAAGAGUCACACACAGCUGGUGAGACCGAGUCACAGAAUCCAGAUCUGAAGCCCGGUCUCCUGACAUCCAGAUGGGUGAUUCGACUUAAAAUAAGAAGCCAUGUGGUAUUGGGCCUGGAGUCAGGCAUACCUAGGUUCAAGUCUCACCUUGGCCAGCUACUAGCUGUGUGAUCCUGGGCAAAAUGCAUAUCAACUCCAUACCUCAGUUUCCUCCAUUGUAAAAUUAAAAAAAAUCGAACUCAAUAGCACCUAAGAUGUCUGGCAAGCUCUACAUCUGUUAUCCAAUGAUUAAAGUUAGCAGAGAGUACUGGCAGACUUGCAAUCUGUGGAUAAUGCCACAGGCCGGCUUACGUCAUACCCACACCUCUCUGCAGCCCUGUUAAACUCAGGCUUCUCUUCCCAUCACCCACUGGGGGUAUGGCAGUAAGGGAUGAUAGCAAUUUGUUUUAUGGAAGUCAUAUCAUGACAUCUGCUGAGGAGAAUGGGUGAUAGUUUUUUUUAUGAGUUUUUUCCUUGUAGAACUAGGGGUUCAAUCCACUGGGAAUUACAAAAUGCAGAUAAACCUGUCAUUCAUAUCUCAAUAUUGUAUAAACCAAAUCUGUUCCACCUGAAAUGUGCCAGCAUGAACUUUGUUCUCAUCUGGUGUGUCAGCAUGUCUUGCCAACAUUCGUACUUCCUCCCUUACCACCUUUACUGUAGCUUGUGCUUUUCA